AUGGGAUUUGGAACAAUGUUCAACAAAAAGAAGGAAUCCGAUGGCUCUUCUUCCUCGCUUCCGGGCGGCGGCGGCGGCACGGUGCCUCGAAUCGGAGCAGAUUCGCCGUUCCUGCAAAAGGCACGCUCGGGGAAAACCGAGAUCCGAGAGCUUGAGGCGGUUUUCAAAAAGUUCGACGUGAACGGAGACGGUAAGAUCUCGUCCAAGGAGCUCGGAGCGAUAAUGGCGAAUCUAGGUCACGAGGUUCCGGAGGAGGAAUUGCAGAAAGCGAUAACGGAGAUCGAUCGGAAAGGAGACGGUUACAUAAACUUCGAGGAGUUCGUGGAGCUGAACACGAAAGGGAUGGAUCAGAACGAUGUGCUGGAGAAUCUCAAGGACGCGUUUUCGGUGUACGAUAUCGACGGGAACGGAUCGAUUUCGGCGGAGGAGCUGCACGAGGUUUUGAGGAGUCUCGGCGACGAUUGCUCGAUAGCGGAAUGUAGGAAGAUGAUCGGCGGCGUGGAUAAGGAUGGAGAUGGGACGAUCGAUUUCGAAGAGUUUAAGGUUAUGAUGACGAUGGGAUCUAGGCGUGAUAACGUCAUGGGAGGUCAGAGGUAGAGUUUCACGGCCAACACGCCCGACUGGUUUUCACUUCUUCUUCUUCUUCUCCAUUCGUAUGUUUAUAUUAUUCCACCAUUGUUUCAAUCUUUUGUUUUUAUUUAUUUUGUUCUUUGGGAUUGCAAUCCCCUUCAAGCUAACGUGAUUUUUUAAAAAAAAAUUAACCUUUUUUUUUAUUCAGUUCUGAUUUGGAAUUGAAUUAUUGAAUGCAUAUACAGUGAAACU